ACAAUCUAGCUGAAAAUUCAAACCGAAGCACCUUCCUUUCCUUAACCGGCAAUGGCGGGUGCCCAUUGCGCCACCUUCCCUUUCCUCACGCCUCCAAUCUGCUCCGCCGCCAAACCAACCAAACCCAUCCUAUCAGCCUCUAUUGCCGUACCAUCAAAGCCCACACGACGGAAAAACUAUCUGCGCCCGAAAAUCCUCAAAACCCUAGCUGAACCCGACCCGCCACCUAGAACCCCUCUCCUUCCCGAACAACCCCUAACAAGCCCCGUAAUUCCCAUUGAGUCCCCCGUGACCCAAUAUGAAAACGACUCUAAUCUCGAGCGUAGCUCCGACCAAGGCGACGUCGUUGCCGGAGAAGGCAAUAUGGUCGAGGAAUUCAGCGUAUCUGAGACGACCCCAGAGUAUAAUGGCAUUGUUGGUAAAUUAUCUGCGAAGUCUGUCCUUAAAUUUGGGGCGUAUUUGGUUGGGGCUUAUUUGUUUCAGGCGUUUUUUACUGUUUGGCUACUGGGAAAUGACAAUCCUGAUGAGGAAAAUAGGAAAUCCAAGAGUUCAGGUUUAAGUUUAUCCAAAGGGAAAGUUUUGAAUACAAAUGUUGGGUCUGGAUUGAGCAAUGUGGUUUAUUUGGAUGAGCUCCAGUUGGAUGAGAAAAUAGAAGAAAUUAGAGCAAUGGCAAGAGAAGCGCGAAAGCAAGAGAAAAAGGAAGGGAAGGGAAAUGUUGGCGACGAAGAUGAUGUUAUUGAUGAAAGUUCGAUGCCAAGGAAUAGAAUCGGCAUUGAAAAAGAAGUCGAGGAGCGGUUGCUUAAGUUGCAGAAUAGGUUGAAUUCUAAAAGGGAGAAGUUACAGGGUCCAUAUGUGAAAGACUUUGGGAAGCAUGAGAAUAGUGAAGAUGAGAAUUUGAAAGAGGGGGAAGGGGGAUUGAUGUUUAAGAAAAAGCUUAAAUUUAAGGCUGAGGCGAAAAGAAGUCCCAAGGGAUUUGGAGGUUUGGAAGAGCAAGAUGAAAACCGGCGAGAGACGGAUUUCGAACAAAGUGUUUCUGAGACUUUGGAGGAAGAACCCAAAUUGUUGCAAGAUGAUGGGAACCAUUUGGACAAAGGAACUGGAAAAAUGGAUAGUGGAAAGGACAUAGGAGUUGGAACUAUUGAACCAAAGAAUGGUACCGUCCAGAGGACAAGACGAGGGAGGUCAUCUGAAGGACUAAAGUCAAAAAAAUCAAGAGAGUUGGGGAAGAAAAAGUCUCGCUUGAAGAGAGAAGUCCAAGAAACUACCAUAAAAUCUGGUGAUCAUGUAAAUGGCAGUUCAAGACACAAAGAAGCUGGAAAGGAACCAGUGCCUAACAAAGUCAGUGGCAAUAGUUCGAAGAAUGAGAUUGAUCCAUGGUGGUUGGAUCUUCCUUAUGUUUUGCAUUUUUGUCUCCAACCGACAAUCGAAAUAGUAUGUAUCCCAUGCCAGGUUAUUCUGAUGCGGAGAGGUUCUGGUAGUGAGGGGCAAGGAGGACUUUAUACCUUAAAGUUCAGUUCUCAGCCCCAAAACCAGAGAGAUUCUUCAUAUACUGUUGCUUUCGAGGACCGUGCUGAUGCCAAUAACUUCUGUUUCCUAUUGGAAUCUCUGUUUGAAGAUCUGGGUGAUUUCAGUGCUGAUAUUGCUCCUUUGCCAAACAAAGAACUUCGUGAAGCAAUAAAAUCAGAUAACAUGAAGGUAAUAUUUGUGAAAAAGGGGCAGCUUCCGCUGUAUGCCGGGCAACCUUUUGAAGAAGUUGAGAUGGCUUUGCGCUCUUUGGUUGAACAUGAUUGAAAUUUUGGUUUUUUUCCUGUUUCAAGUGCUGCCUCCAAUCAGGGUGGCUUUUGGUUUUAGGGUUCUAUAAUUUCUGAUGUUAAGAUGGCUUGGGUCUCCCUAAUCUCAACUGAAGGUUUGUUAGGGUAAACUGUGAAUAUGUUUGUGGUUGUGGAAUAUGCAAGAGCAGAUAUGAAUGACCCAGUUGUCACAAAAUAUAGCGAAGGGUGCAGUUUUUACUCAUAGGGAUGUCUUUUUAUUUCUUUCUUUUCAAUCAAAUGAUUUCAAUGGGAAAUCUUUCAAACGUAGGAUUCAUAUAGCUUAGAUGAGUUAUGUUUGACUUUCUCACUUGUACAUAUAUUGAGCAGCUGAUUUUAAUCUGCUGGUGAAAUGAAUUUAAUCUGUU